CGCGUCAUUUGUCACGGACCUCUUGCUCAGAUCUCAUUUCCCUCCACUUUCUUAUCUAUCUCUCUCGCGCUCUCUCGUUUGUUUCUGAAGACAAUAACCAAACUCAAGUUAGUUAGUACUCAUGGGAACUGCUGUUGAUGCUGUGGCUAAGGAGGCAAAUGGAAGUGUAACUGAGAAGAAGCCUACAGUUGUCUUUGUUUUAGGUGGCCCUGGUAGUGGAAAGGGUACUCAGUGUGCAAAUAUUGUCCAACACUUUGGAUAUACACAUCUUAGUGCUGGAGAUCUUCUUCGUGCAGAAAUUAAAUCUGGUUCUGAAAAUGGAACCAUGAUUCAGAACAUGAUUAAGGAGGGAAAGAUUGUCCCUUCCGAAGUAACUAUUAAGCUUCUCCAAAAAGCAAUGCAAGAAAGUGGCAAUGACAAAUUUCUUAUUGAUGGUUUCCCCCGUAAUGAGGAGAACCGUGCGGCGUUUGAAGCUGUUACUAAGAUCGAGCCAGAAUUCGUCCUAUUCUUUGAUUGUCCUGAGGAAGAGAUGGAGCAACGAAUUCUGAGCAGGAACCAGGGAAGAGAAGAUGAUAAUGUUGAAACAAUAAGGAAGCGAUUCAAGGUUUUUCUGGAGUCCAGUCUCCCUGUGAUUGAGUACUAUGACGCUAAGGGAAAAGUCCGAAAGAUUGAUGCUGCAAAGCCUGUUGAAGAGGUUUUUGAGGCUGUUAAGACCAUUUUUACUCCAAAGGAGAAGGCUGCUGCGUAAGAUACUGUAGUUGGACCACAGAAUUUCUUAUGAGGUAUUGCUGUCAUUCACCUUUACUAUAUGGGGCAGGUUUCAUAGUUUCUAGGCGUAUAGUCUAUACAUUUGAGUUAUUUCCUUACUGUUUCAUUUUUGUGACUGUAUUUCCAUAACAAGGUUAAUAAUAAUACUGAGAACAAUAGUCAUAGUGCACCUGUUUGUGUGCUUAGUAUGUUAAUUGUUUGUUCUUCAUUGA